UCCACAGUCAAAUUUAUCUGCCCGGCGAGUAGAGAGCAUACGGAACAUCGUGAGAGAAGUGAGAAAGAGUGUGGAGAGGAACAGACUGCUACUAAACUGCGUUUGUCAGGCACGACGUAUAGUCAGAUACACAAUUUGGAUUUUAUGUGCAAUAUGACUUUUGAGGAGCUAAGUGGAGAUCACUCUGCAGAAAGGAUGGAUUCCGUUGCAAAAGCGUUGGAGGAGGUUCUCAGUUCUGCAUUACCACAGGGAUGCAUUACAGUUGGAGUUUACGAAGCGGCGAAAUCACUAAAUGUGGAUCCGGACAACGUGGUGUUGUGCCUGCUGGCUACCGACGAGGAGGAUGUCAAAGACGUCGCCCUCCAGAUCCAUUUCACCCUGAUCCAAGCCUUUUGUUGCGAAAACGACAUCAACAUACUCAGGGUGAACAACAUGAGGCGGCUGGCGGAGAUCCUCGGUGGCGUGAAGCCAGGAGGAGAGCCGAUGGAUCUUCAUUGCGUCUUGGUCACGAACCCACAUGCGUCCACGUGGAAAGACCCGGCCUUGAGCAAGGUGAACGGGUUCUGCAGAGAGAGCCGCUGCCUGGAUCAGUGGGUGCCAGUCAUCAACCUUCCCGAGCGGUGAAGCAUGGGACAUUAUGGACUUUGCCUUUCAAGGAAGCGCACUGGAUUUGUGUAACGCUCCGGAGGAUCCCUCAGGAAACAAAAAUCCCUCAUGCUGAUGAAAUACAAGAGCAAAAAUUAAGAGCAAAAGAACUGAAAACAAGUCCAGCAAUCUCGAUGGGAAAAAAAAGGGGGUGGAUUUCGGCCCAAGCGAGAGGAGUUACAUUCUUGGCCUGGCAAAGGGAGAGGUGACUCAGCAGUUUUGGGUAACGGAACAGCCAGGGGGUGGGAAUGUGUUCAAGAUGUUUCAGGAAGAGGGACACAGGAAAUGGAUCAUGUGUGGGCGCUCCAGUGCGGGGAAGCAUGAGUAGGGGUUUGAAAUGAGCACCGUCUGGCUAAGGAGUGGCCAGGGAACAAAGGCUCAGCCUCACGGCUAGUUUAUGAUUUCAGGAGAACCAGCAGAAACGCUGCACAUGUGGGAAUUCUGGAAUUCAACCUCACCAUUAUCUAUUUUUUAAUAAUGCAGUUGCCGUUGUUGUUAUUGUUAUUGUAAUUAUUUAAAAGGGAAGGCCUAGAAAGCCAAUGUGCAGAAAAACAAUGCGUAUGUCUGUUAACAACUGUUGAAAUGAACUGUUCUUUUUACUGUCAUUAAGAUAUUUUUAUUAUAUUAACUUAAAUGUAUUUAUGUUUCAGUUUUAUCAUCCACAGAAUUGUAAA